CUUGGAAUACUUGGACGAAACUGAAUCUCUAGUACCGUAUCACCACUUUUUGGAAUUUCACUCCAGCCCAAAUGGUUCUUGUCAUUAUGUAUUCAUCAAUCAAACCAAAGGAGUACGAAUCUUCUCCAAUAGUCCUGCGAGUAGAACAUGCAUGCAACUUGCCAUCUACGGAAAGCGUACAGUAACAAUUAAAGUUUACAUGGCGUUGCGUAUUUUAAACCGGAAUUUCACCAAAGAACUAGAAGAUCAAACAUCACCUGAGUACAAAGAUUUCGUGCAAAAUUUCAAAGAACAGAUGAACAUCGUUUUCAAAACUUUGGAUGGCUACGCCGGAAUAGAAAUUUUAGARAUUUUUAAUGGCAGUGUUAGAGUGCGUUUUCGAGUUGUCGUCGUUGUUGUCGUGAAAAAUAACGAAUAUAAAAGCACAGUGGCUAGAAGGACAGUUCUUAUUACUGAAACAGUUUUGAAUAAAGCAAAGACAGGAAGGGUGGAGGGACUUCAAGUGGAUAAAGAUCCCAAGUUCAUGGAACUAAAUAAAACACCUCCGCCAUCACCUAAAAAUGUGACUGUGGUAGAAAUAUUCAAAGAUGCAGUCGAAAUCGCAUGGGAUCAACCUCUGAAUCAUGAGUACUACUUUAUAAAAGGGUACUUCGUCGAAUAUUGGAAGUUUGCGUCAGAAAAGGAAAAGACAACGACGUUAAAAGGCCAAAAGACAAAAGUUACAGAUCUAGAGUCCAAUAGUCCAUACACAGUAAGGAUUGUAGCUGAAAAUGAAAAUGGUAUUCGUGGAAAGGAGAGUGCACAAAUUGAAAUAAGGACAAAGAGACCAAGUAAUAUGCCAGAUUGGCUUUUGGCAAUCAUCAUAAUCGUCUGCAUCAUCAUCUUAAUCGCUGUCAUGGCUAUUCUUAUUGUAUACUGUCGUCGUAAAAACUCUUCCACCAACAAAAUGAUCGAAGAGCUUGACAUGAGAGCUAUUCAGAAGGAAAAAGAAGCCGAUGCUUUUCCAAAAUCGUACGUCAACACAAUGUUUAGUGUCAAUGAAAACUGCCCGAGCUUUGCGAGAGAGAACCUGGUCUUAAUGGAAGAACUUGGGUCUGGAGAAUUUGGUGUUGUAUUCAAAGGGCAACUACUACAAAACGGCCAUUCCAAAGAAUGUGCAGUGAAGACACUAAAAGGCACAGCCAAUCCAGAAGAUUACCGUGAGCUUCACCAGGAACUUGAUAUCAUGGUAAAUGUUGGCUAUCAUCCUAACUUGGUGAAUUUGAUUGGUUCCUGCGUUGAAGAUGAAAAGCUGUUUGUAAUCGUCGAAUUCGCCCGUAACGGAUCGCUGUUUGAGUUCUUACGAAAAGCACGCACACAACCAGAAGAGAAGUUAAAAUUCGAGCUGAAUUAUGYUAAUAGGCUAAAGAUUGCAUUAGAUGUGGCCAAAGGAAUGACCCAUUUGGCAAAAAGAAGGUGCGUUCAUCGAGACUUGGCUGCAAGGAACGUUCUGUUGGCAGAUGACUUUGUUGCAAAGGUAGCAGACUUUGGCUUGUCUCGUGAUAUCUACGAAACGGGAGAAUACGAGAAGACUACUGGGGGUAAGCUUCCAACUAGAUGGAUGGCUAUCGAGUCUUUGGAGCUGAGGCGAUUUACUUUGGAGAGUGAUGUAUGGUCUUUUGGAGUUCUUUUGUGGGAAAUUGAAACUAAAGGCCUCAUGCCACAUGGAGCUAUCUCUUUCACGGAACUGCUUAAAAAUCAAAAGAAAGGCUACAGAUUGGAGCAACCUGAAGGAACACCCGAUGAAUUAUAUCGCGUGAUGCAGAUGUGUUGGCAAGCCAAUCCCAAACAACGUCCUACUUUUGAUCAAAUCUGCAAUACUCUGAAAGCAAUGUUGAAUAAUAGCCAGAUGUCAAAAGGAAAUUUGAACGAGGAAGAAUUGGAAAUCAAGCAAGGAUCAAGGAACCAGCAAGACAAUGUCGACAACCAAACAUUUGCCUAAACCAUAAUGUACAAUAUACUAUGGACAACAAGUUAUUCGCCGAAUGAACAAAUAUUUCUUUUAGACUGCUGUACUACUGCUUGUUUUGGCUUAAUUAUCAUUGCCUCAUUUUUUUCUAAAGUGUACGCGUCCAAUGAUGAAAUCGAGAUGGGUGGGAGGGUUACAAUAGUCUAUCUUUGCCAGUACCGCCGGUCGAGUGCCUGCCCACCCAAACUAAAAUGCCUGCAUGGCUUGCAAUCCUUUAAAUAAGAAAGAUGGCUGCCAUGUUAGUUGGUAUAACGAAACAAACAAAGAAAAAUAAUAUUUUUGUUAAAUUCAACCACUCAUGGCAGCUAUACGAAAACUAGCAAUUGUAUAUAUUGCAUAAUCGUGAUAGAAACAUAGUAACAUUUUUGAAUCAUAUCUUUGUGAAAUAUUCAUCUGCAGGUAUUCUCCUCGUGGAGCUCAAUUAUCAAUUAUCAGGGCUCAAUAUUCUCCUUACAGAGCUCAGCUACCUCUUUAAAAGGCUCAAUUAUUAUGUUAUAGUAAAGAUCUGAGUUAGUUUAACAUCAGUUCAAUCGUCCACGAAGCGAGUGGCACAAACACGCCAAUUCCGCCAGUGGUCGUCCCUUUUUUUGCAAUAAUUUUUUCCUAAAUAUUGUAAAUACAUGAAGGUAGUUUUAAAACAACACUUGACAAAUUC